AUGGCAUGCAUGAGAUGCUUGCUGGUCGUCGCGUUUCAUUCCUUGGCGCUGCAUGCAGAGUUAGACUCAAAACCCGGCUUUGAGUACUACGCCGGUGCCGCGGGGCCUUGGUCCUCGGAGUUUCAGGUGACGCUUCACCACGCAGGAAGAUCUGUUCAGCCUCACGUCUACGGCAUCUCUGUACCAAGCGACCGUCGGGAUGGGCCGGAACCAGCAGACCGAAGCACCUCUUGGGUGGAAUUUGCACAGCCCUGCAACCAGAGUGUGACCGUUGUGGAGGUGGUGAGGAAGAAGAAGCCUUUUCCCAAGGAUGUUCAUAUCCGGCCCAAGCGCUACGGGAUCCACCUCCAGCUCUCAGAUGAUGCACAUACGGUUUCUUUCGCCGUAAACGGUUGUGGCAAGCAUAUCUCAGUUCACUAUGGGUCUGUCUUUGUCAAUGCCAACUCGAGUAAAUACAAUCUGGACUCCAGCACACACGAUGCGAUGCUGGUCUUUGUCAGCGAGCCGGCGCCACCUGUGGACCCGGCUGCUCUGGUGAUUCCGCCCGGUGAACACCACCUGGGACAGGGAGGAGUCAUGAACGUUUCAUGUGAGGUGCCUGCGGUGCAUGUGCAGCGCGGCGCGUACGUUUAUGGCAAGUUGGCGUUGCAGUGCAAGCAGCGCACCACCCAUGUCUACGGACCCGGCAUCCUGGACGGGCGCCAUUUCCGAUACAACGAGCGCAAAGGAAAGCUCUGGAACGAAACGCGGAUGAUGCUGAAUUUCGCCGGUUCAGCCGGCGGCGACGUCUGGGGUCUGACAGUUGUAAAUCCAAACUUUCGCUUGUUCGACAAAGUCGUCAGUGGCAGCAGGAUGACGAUGUUUCGCGGGAUGGGCUGGGCAGCCAACAAUGGCGGCGGUCAUUUCGAGUUUAACACAUCAGCACGAGAUUCGUUCAUCCGAAGCACAGAUGACCUGAUCAAGGUCAGAGGUGGAAACAUUGUCACAGAAAACUUGGUGCUCUGGCAAUCCUACAACGGCGGAACUUUCCAGUUUGGCUGGGCGGGACUCCAUCUUGUCAACAUUACGCACCGGACUGCGAGCGUCAUUGAAAACGAGUGGCGAGCACCGGAAGUGUGGGAGACCUACGACACGCGGCCAAACAAUGCAGUGGUGAGCUUGGUAGAUACCAAUCCUGCAGACCCAGCGCAGCUGGCAGGCCCAUUCGUGUGGCAAGACUUACAGAUUGAUGGAGACGUUUCGCAUCCACUAAGCCUUCACCUGGAGAACGGAUUCUUAGGCAACAUGCUGUUCGACGGCCUGACGAUCUCUGGGAAAGUAACCCGAUUUGCCUUUGCAACUGCUGUGGAGGGUAGUGCGACGAUCGCCAAUGUCACCUUCCGCAACUUCACCAUCGAAGGAAAGCUGAUCUCGCACUUAGACGACCCGGCCUUCCGCUUUCAUCAUGCUGGAGGCGUCCAGGUCAACACCUUCAAGUUCGAGCCUGAAUCCGUGGACCAGUUAGUCCUGGUUUAG